GAUAUAUAACAGUGCGCUAUUUUAAAAGUGGUCGGAAACAGUAAAUGUAAAAGUUAAGCUGCAGCACAAAAAAUGUCAGACCCAAACGAAGAGGACAGAGACUCCAAGGAUGCAGCACCUAUACAUUUCCGCAAUUUAAAUAUCUCAGAGACUGGAAAGAGAAAUUCUGAUGUCUUGUGUGCAGAAACUGCUGUUUUGUCCUGUGGUCACGUAAUGCCACCGGAUUACUUGAUUUCAUGGUGCAAGUACAAUCUGAAGCAGAAGACCGAAUUCACUUGUCCAAGAUUUGAUGUAUACAAGAAGGGCAUAUGUGGCACCAAAUUCUCUUAUCAGGACUUGUGCCAAAGCGUUCCACUGACUUCCUCGCUGAAGGAAUACUUUGAGGAGGGACUUGAAAAACUAACUGCAUCAAGAAUCUGCGAUUUUAAACCUUGUCCAGGAUGUGGGUCAUAUGUGGAGAGAGCGGAUCAGAAGAAUUUGUGUGUCCACUGUACUAUAUGCACUGCCAAGAUGGGAUGCUCCUAUGAGUUUUGUUGGAACUGCGGAAAGAAAUGGCCAGGAACAGUGCGAAAUGCUGUGCACUGCGGCAAUAGUGACUGCGGAAAGCCCGAGACUUCUCAAACAAAGAAAGAUUUACUAAAGUUGUGUCAGCCUGAGUUUAAGGAACAAAAACUUCAGACGGAAGAGAUAUAUUCAUCAAAGGAAAAAUCCAGUGACAGAAAGCGAAUAGCUAUGAUCAUCAACAAUGUUGAAUUUAGAGUAAAGCAGUACAGGCGGAAUGGAGCAGAAAAGGAUGAAGAGAGUAUGAAGACUCUGCUUGAAGCCCUGGGGUACAAUGUAAUAAUUUUGAAUGACCUGUCUGCAGAGGGGAUGGAGGCCGCCUUAAGAGACUUCUCACAACGUGAUGAACACAGAUAUUCAGACAGUACAUUUUGUGUUAUUAUGUCCCAUGGUGGACCUGAUGGGAUUCAUGGCAUUAAUGUUGAUGAUAAUGAACAUGACGUUUUUCCUGUGGACAAAAUAUUCCAAUACCUCAGCUCUGAGAACUGCCCUGGAUUAACAGACAAACCGAAAAUCAUUCUGAUUCAGUCAUGCAGAGGAGAUAAAGAAGGCCAUGUGUGGGUAUGUGAUACUGUAAAAACCACUAAAGGAAAAAUACAACACCGUGAAAAAGAUUUUGGAUGCUUUAGAUCCUGCACACCAGACACUGUGUCCUUCAGAAAUCCUGGUUCUGGCUCAGCUUUUAUCCAGAGCCUUGUGAACAUCUUCAAUGAAAACGCUUAUAAGGAUGACAUAAUGGAACUGUUCAGAAAGGUUGCUCACUGGUUUGAAAAAACAGCAAAGGAAAAUGACUUUCCCUAUCAAAUGCCAAGUUUGGACAGAACCACUCUUGUAAAGAAAUUCUACCUGUUUCCUGGGCUUUGACAUUACAGCUCAGGUUGCUGCCAUUUCCUAGGAAUUAAUUAGACUGUAAAAAGAGAUAAAUGUUAUGCAACACAUAUUAAACUUAACACACCUAUUCAGUACAGAUAAAAACAGAUGUUGUUUUACACUUCACAAUUCUGUACCUACUUCUAUUGGAAAAACAUUUCUAUAUAUAAUUGGAAACAUAAAGAUGUUGCUCUGAUGUGCUCUGAUUUUUAGUACAAGAAAGAAUUUUUGAUGUUUGUUUUUCUUCAUUAAGUAUUAAAGGUUUGAUAAACAAAA